AUGGACAAAUCUACUCUUAAAUUCAGGACAACGAUAAAAGAUUAAAUGGUAAAUUUAUAGCAAUAAUACUAAAUAGAUGCUGAUUUGAUUUAGUAAAAGAUUAAGAGUCUACAGGAAUAAUUUGAAAUUGUAAAAUCCAACUUCUAUGAUCAAAUGCGCUAUGUUGAGGAUUAGCUCUUACAAGACUUCAUAAUAAAAGUUGAAUUAAAAUUUUAACGAUAACAGCAAAAAAAUGAUUAAAAAAUAGACAUUAUCAGUGAUAAAUAUUCAAACUUAAGGGUGGCUAAAAAUCCUAAACCUGAUAAAAAUCUACUUGAUCUAAUUAGAUCUCGUGAUGCUCUGAUUAAGACGAAGGAAUACGGGGAAGCUGAUAAAAUGAACUAAAUGGUAAUUUCUCAUAUGAACAAGCUUAAAAAACAAUAUAUGAACAAAUUAGAGUUAGAUGAAAAAAUUGAGCUUAGUGAAAACUAGAGACAAAGCUUUAUCGAACUUUAAAAAUAUUUUGACAAGAAAUAGAGACGAUUUAAUCUCAUGUUAAUUGAGAGAGAUAAGGGAUUUUAGAGAAUUAUUUAGUCAUUUAUUAAUAAAAAAAGAGAUGUUUGA